UUUUUAUUUUAUUGAAGAUUUAUAAAAAUGAGUAACAAACUUCAAAGUCUGAGAUCGCAAAGUACUCAAUUAUUCAUGGAAGACGGGUUAUCAAAUCGUUGCAUUUCUAAAAAUGAUAUCAGAAAUAAGUACUUGAACAAACUGAUUGAGAGGGAUUUUCAGAGGAAAAAGACUAUCGUACAGGCUGAAUCCAGUCUCUACGAGGAUGUAUCCACCAAGAAGUAUCUCCAAAAUGCAAGGAACAAAAGGUUCGAUACUAGCAAGAUGCUCUCAUAUGACUAUAUUGAGAAAAACUACCACAGAAUACAUUGUGAAACGAACCAUAGAGACCAGAUUGGAAAUGUAAAAGUGUUGAAGAAUAAUAAUAAAAAGAACUCUAAAGUGUACAAGAAGUUAAAAUAAACUAAUCAGCCACGGACCAAUACAAAAGGGAAGAAGAAAGCUUGGUUUAGACUCACUUUGUGAGAAUCCGAAAAAUAAGAAUUCAAGUCCGGCUCUGAACCCAUUAAAAGAACAAAGCAACUUUAGGACUCUUCAUAAAGAUAAGAAGCAAUCUAAUCUAAACCUGAGUGAUAGCUGGAAUGGAACUUCUUCUAUAUUUAAGACUCAGAGUAAACCUUUAAAGAGCAACAUCAAAAUUUCUGGAGAGGGUCUUGACAGCAAGAUUCUCCUACCUUUUCACCAGUCUGGGAAGAAGCCGAUAAAUCAGCAGAUUAGCUUCAGAGAAGAAAGUAAAGAUGCUUACAGCUUAAGUCAAACCAUAGCUCAUAAAGAUACAAGGCCAACAGUUAAUGCAUAUCUUGCCCAAAAAGGGAGGAAUAAUUCAAAAAUUAGAUUAAAAAGCCGGAGAUAUACAGAGAAGAAAGAAGAUUCAGUCAGACUUCCCCCUAUAAUUUCGAUGAAAGUACGAAAUAGGUCUAAAGUUGGCCAAGCAAGGUCUAAUUCAGUUGCCAUGCACAAGAAAAUGUACUCACCAGUAAAGAGGAUAUUUUCGACAGAUGAACCAUCAGGCUUGGACUCAAAGAGGUCGAUCAGUCAAGAGCAGCAGCAAGAAAAGCUUCGUGAAAUCAGAAAUCUCUGCUUUGAAGCAGAGAUUAUCGAUAAGGAAACGCUCAGAGAUGUUAAUGCGAAAUGAAAGUUAAACAAGUACUUUGAGAAUGAAUUCGACUCCAACCUCGAUAUUUUGACAUCCUGAAAGGACAUCGAUUUUAAGGAACGUUUCUCAAAAAUCUUCUUUGACUACCAGAAAUAGAAAUAAAAUUGAUGAGAAAGUGAACGCUUUAGAGGUCUUAGAGGAAUAUCAGAAGAGCAAGAUGAAUCCCUACACUCAUAUUGCGAGGAUCGAGAGGUUAGAAAGUGUUUCUAAGUACCUUAUGAGACAUUAUAGUCGUAAGAAAAAGGAGAGUAAGAGAUUACAAUAA